AUGUCGCUCGUGUUUCUCGGGAAUCCCGCUCUCCGUCGAGUGUCCAAGUCAGUGGCUGAUGUGCGGUCCCCUGUGAUUCGGAAACUACUGGACUCUCUGGAGCAAGAAGUGCGUCAAGAAGCUGGCAUUGGCAUUGCCGCACCGCAGCUCGGGCACAACUUACGCAUGUUUCUUAUGCUCAAGCACAUGCCGGAGACUGAAGAGGACCUGAAGACGCUCGAGUACCAGAGAGUACUGAACCCGGACAUUCUGGCCGUGUCGAAGACUGUCAAGCGUGACUUUGAAGGCUGUCUCAGUGUUCCUGGCUACCAAGGCAUUGUCAAGCGUGCCCAGGAGAUUCUCGUGCAGUACGAAGACGCGGACGGCCGCAAAGUGAAAGAAACGCUGACCGAUUUUCCCGCUCGCGUGUUCCAGCACGAGUUGGACCACCUCAAUGGUGUCAUGUACCUCGAUCGCAUGGAACCCGGUAGCCUCAUUCACAAUGAAGAGUUCGAGACAAUGGAGUGGGAUGACAUUCAAAAGCUGCUGCUACAGGGACCGAUCGAGACGCCACUUCCGCUUGUAGCGUCAACGCCGCCGCACAGCAGCAUGGACGACCGUCGAGCGAAAGAGAAGAGCAUGCGCAAGAAGAAGUACUAG